CAUGUCUUGGAAGAUAGAUAAGCCAGUUCAAUAUAAAUCAGAAUAGUCCAUUUUGAAUUAGAAGACAAGAUUCUGCCUUUUCCUAUUGGAUUUAACUUACAAUCGAAAAGGAUUCUUUGACCCGUGCCCCUCGGAACAUAUUGGAUUCAAGGAGUCGUGGAAUUGCUAAUCCUAUACGGCAGAGAGGUUUAUGUGUUGUCACUGAGAUCAGAUUGCCAAGAUUCAAGCUCACAUUUUUACUCAUGGGUUUGGAGCUGGCAUCUAUCUUGGACCAAGCUUUUGAACUGUAAUGCUAAUUUGGGUGGUUUACUUGAAUUUAGUUGUUUAUUGUUCGCUAUUUUAGAGUUGGCCAUUUCAAUGAUGCUCUUAUGUUGUAUCCAAAUUUAGAGUAUGAAGGAAUUGGUACUGUCAUUUCAGCUAUUAAUUUUGGUUUGAGAAGUUGUAUUGUGCUCAUGAAUGUUCAAAUGUGAAGUUGGUUUACAUAACAAGAAAAAUAUAUUAUGCUUGAUAUUGUUAUCACCAUUACUCUCAUUGAACUGUGCUCAAAGUGCAAUAAGAUGAAAAGGGCUAGAAAAUAUAAACUAUUAGGUCAUCUGAUCUGCCAUGACACAGUCUUGUCCUAUGUCAUGAUUUCUGGUUAUCCCCAUAAUGUAAUUGAAGAUGCCAUUAACUUGUUCGGUGAAGUGGUCAAAGAAGGUGCAAGACCAAACUUGGCAUGGUGGUGAGUCCGUUUCAGCAUUUGCUGAUACCGGAGAAGCAAGAAAAGGCAGAUGAAGCUGCUGUGUUGUUUCGGGAAAUGCUGAAAAAUGGUGAAGAGUCUACAUGCUCAACUGGGUAGUUCAGAGCCAGGAAAUGAAAGUCAUGGGUAUUUUUACAGAACUUAUCUGGCGGAAGAUACUGCUGAUUCAAUUAUGCUGGUGUAUUUCUAAUUCCAUGAGUUCAAGUUAUUUGGUUGCUCCACAGGAAGAGCAUUUCAGUUGCAUGGUUGAAUUACUUGGUCGAGCAGGUCAACUUGAAGAAGAAUACAGUUUGAUGAUGUGCUCAUUUUUGGUGCAAUGUGCACUCUAUUUGCUUCUUGCAGCGUUCAUAAAAAUCACAAAAGUAGGACAGCUGAUUGAACAAGAACUCUAGAACUGAGGUAAUUAUGCUCUUAUGUCAGAUGUGUAUGCUCAGGCUGGUAAGUGGAGUGAAGCUGCAAAUGUAUGAGCUACAGCUAGAGAAAGGGGAUUGGAUAAAGUACCUGGCUAUGACUUGGUUGAAUUGUGUGAGCGUAUUUGUGGCACUUGAAAUCCUUGGAAAAUCUUUCAGAUUAGCAUUACAAAUUCAUGGAUUUUGUACAAUAGUAUAGGAAAAGUAUGUGGUGCUCAUUCUGUCAAGCGAAGCAAGAUAUGCAGGAAAACCGAGUUAUUGGAAUCCUAUGGUAAUAUGAUCUGCACAGACCACUAUGAAAACAGUGCAGUGGAUGUCACCAUAUAACACCAAAAACAGCAGCUUCUUUGACACCAUAUGAAGCCAAGAGAGAGACUUGACCGCACAAAGCGACACCAAAGCGACACCAAAGCGACACAUGAAGCUACAGUUCUUCGCCAUCUCCUCCUCCCCUGUUCGUCGCCGCGUCGAUUUCGGUGGCUGUCUUUUGCUCUUCCACUGGUAAUUUGCGGAGCGAUUGGGAGCAGCGGCGCACAAAGGUCUUGCCUUUUCUAUUUGUAGGGGGUGAUUACAGCCUUUCGGGAUCCCCGGGCCACCCAAUUCUGCCCGAGGUCGUUUGGGUGAUCCUUCCCAUUACCCCGACUGCGGGGCUCCUAUUGCAUCCCCGAUUUCGCCCCCAGUUUCCUUCAUCCCGGAGGCCUGGGCAAUGCCGUAGACCCGGCCGCCGCGGAUGGGCUGCCUCGCGUCGAAGAAUGUGGUCUCGGUUACCCCGGCGGUUGAUUCCUCCGGUAUCCUGCGGGACCACCGGGAGCGGUCGGGUCCGAUCUCGACGUCAUCGCAGCGGUACCAGACCGUACAGGUAACCAGGCCUGCAUGUCUGUUGAGGAAGGAAGAGAAGGAGGGGAAUUGCCUAGAAUUGGAGGAACAUGGGAAAGCGAGCGCCGGUUGUACCACGUCGCAGAGCUUCCGGCUAGAGAAUCUUAACAAGUAUAUCGAAGGGGAGCAGGUCGCCGCCGGAUGGCCCUCUUGGCUUAGUGCUGUUGCCGGGGAUGCUAUUCAGGGUUGGGUGCCUCUUAAAGCUGACUCCUUUGAGAAGCUGGAGAAGAUUGGACAAGGUACUUAUAGCAGUGUGUUCAGAGCACGUGAUCUCGACACAGGAAAAAUUGUCGCCUUGAAGAAGGUGCGCUUUGACAAUUUUGAGCGAGAAAGUGUUAGGUUUAUGGCAAGGGAAAUAAAGAUACUGCGCUGGCUUGACCAUCCAAAUAUCAUUAAAUUGGAAGGAUUGAUUACUUCUCGGUUAUCAUGCAGUCUCUACCUCGUAUUUGAAUAUAUGGAACAUGAUCUUGCAGGACUGUCAUCCUCUCCUAACAUUAAAUUCUCUGAAUCUCAGGUCAAGUGCUACAUGCAACAGUUGCUAUCUGGACUUGAGCAUUGCCAUUCACGUGGUAUUAUUCACCGUGACAUAAAGGGAGCAAAUCUACUAGUUAAUAAUGAGGGGGUUGUGAAAAUCGCUGAUUUUGGUCUGGCAAAUUUCUUCAGUCCUGGGCAUAGCCAACCCCUAACUAGCCGUGUUGUGACUCUAUGGUAUCGGCCACCUGAACUACUUCUGGGUUCCACUAACUAUGGAACAACUGUAGAUUUGUGGAGCAUCGGUUGUGUAUUUGCAGAAAUGUUUGUUGGAAGACCUAUCUUGCAAGGCAGAACCGAGGUUGAACAACUACAUAAAAUCUUUAAGCUUUGUGGUUCUCCACCAGAUGAAUACUGGAAGAAGUCUAAGUUACCCCAUGCUACGAUCUUUAGACCUUAUCAUCUCUAUGAGAGUAGCUUCCUGGAGACAUUCAAAAGUUUACCAGAAAGUGCCAUUAGCUUGUUAGAGACCUUUUUAUCUAUUGAACCAUUUAAGCGUGGUACUGCCACAAGUGCCCUUGAAGUGGAGUAUUUCAAAACAAACCCUUACGCCUGUGAACCCUCAAGCUUGCCAAAGUACCCACCCACCAAAGAAAUUGAUACAAAGAGUCGUGAUGAGACACGCAGAAGAAGAGUUACUGGCAGAGGGCAAGGAUCAGAAGCCACGAAAAGAACCUCGAGAACACAUAGAUCUUCGUGGGCAUCAAGUGGACUCAGUAAAAUAGCAGACAGUAAAGAGGAGUCCGAGAUCAGUGCUGGAAAUGUAAAGAAAGAUCUUCCAAGAGUAGAUAGUGAAACCAGACUGUUUGUAGAUCUCCAGCCAAUGCCAUCAGUUAAAUGUCCAGAGGAAGGUCAUCGUGCAAAGUGCAACUCUCAAGAGGAACUUGCUUUUCCAGGGCCAUUACUUGUUUCUGCUUCUAGUGGCUUUGCAUGGGCAGGACAGAGAGUAGGUGAUGCAUAUGGUAGAUCUGACAGUAGGUCUAGCUCAAAAAGCCAUUUUUCUUGUGAAAGAAAUUCGUCCAAUAUUGAAAAUAUUAAAAGCAAGCUUGACUACAAGGGACAAGAAAAUGUUGAUGUGCAUGUUGGUUCAAAAGGUCAUGUACCAUAUGAGUUGGCCAAGUGCGCAAUGCUGAACAGAUGGACACAAUUAGACCAUCCCGAAUUAUUUGACUCUUCAGAUGCAUAUUAUUCCCAGGAGAUGUCAGAAGCCCUUUGCAAGGGAGAUCCAUCAUCAAUGCGACAUAACAAUUUGGGUUACCAUGAUCAAGACAGAGUUGAGUUCUCAGGACCUUUGUUGUCUCAAUCUUGCAAGGUUGAUGAACUUCUACAAAAGCAUGAGCGCCACAUCCGCCAAGCAGUUAGGAGAUCAUGGUUUCAAAAAGUGGCAGGGAGAAAGCAAGGGAAGUAGAAAGCCAGGGUAGCUUGUUUUGUAAUCGUAGAAAACUAUAUCCGCAAAACAAAACCCUUGGAUCAAUCAGGAUUUGACCAACAUCUACUAAGACGGUAAAGGUAGUUAACCCCAACAGUGAUAUCUAAUAUUAGGUAGAAGCUGCCACAGCAGUUUGUACCAAAGUCUACUACCUGCUGAUGGAUUACAAGGUAAGAAAAGACAAGCGGCAUCUGAUUCAUCCACACUGACUGCCGGCAGUGACUGAAGCUCUUUUGUUCAAAAGGCGAUGAGACCAAUCAAUUCCUUGAAAGUGACUCUAAUUGUGGUGCUCUGUAAAAGCCAAUCUUCUGUAGAUCGAUAUAUGAACUCAUGAUUCCUGUGUGAGCAUCAAUAGCAUUAAUCCAAUCUUCAUUCA